CCACACCCCUUUCCUGCCCUCUUGCCACGGCCCACCUGCCCACGGCGGGUUAAGGCUGGGAGGCCGCACCGUGCGGCGAGGGCCGCCGCACAUGCGCCUUGAGGAAAGAUGGCACCUGCCGGCGGCUGCUGCUGCUGCUACUGCUGCUGGGGCGGCGCUGUGGCUGCCGCGGAUGCCGUCCGGCGCGUCCUGGUGCUGCUGUUGUUGGGGGUCCUGUCCGCCGGGCUAUGCCCGGGCGCCGUGGCCACCGAGCACUACUCGCCGCUGUCGCUGCUCAAGCAGGAGCUGCAGCACCGGCAGCAGCAGGAGGCCCCGGCAGGCGGCGGCUGCAGCCCUCAGUCCGGGGACUGGGGAGACCAGUACUCGGUCGAGUGCGGCGAGUCAUCCUUUUUGAACUUCCACGACUCAGACUGCGAACCCAAAGGACCACCACCCUGUGACUCAUUACUUUCCCUCAACACUGAAAAGAUUCUGAGCCAGGCCAAGUCUAUUGCAGAACAAAAGAGAUUCCCGUUUGCUACGGAUAAUGACAGCACAAACGAAGAGCUAGCUAUUGCUUAUGUGUUGAUUGGCAGUGGACUCUAUGAUGAAGCGAUAAGACAUUUUUCGACAAUGCUUCAGGAGGAGCCUGAUCUGGUUAGUGCAAUUUAUGGCCGAGGGAUAGCCUAUGGAAAGAAGGGACUACAUGACAUUAAGAAUGCUGAGCUUGCUCUGUUCGAACUGAGCCGAGUAAUUACCUUGGAACCAGAUCGUCCAGAGGUAUUUGAACAGCGAGCAGAAAUUCUGUCCCCUCUGGGACGAAUUAAUGAAGCAGUGAACGAUCUCACCAAAGCUAUCCAGCUUCAGCCCUCAGCACGGUUGUACAGACACCGGGGGACCCUGUACUUCAUAUCAGAGGACUAUGCAACAGCCCACGAAGACUUUCAGCAGUCCUUAGAACUGAACAAAAACCAACCUAUAGCCAUGCUAUACAAAGGUCUAACUUUCUUUCACAGAGGACUUUUGAAGUUUCCAGAGGAUUCCACAGUGGCCAGGUGCGCUGUGUGUUCCCUAAGGACUCCUCACCUGUGCCCCCUUCUCCGAUGCCGGCAGAAGCUAUGCCCCAAACGCCCCCAACUCAAGGAAGCUAUUGAAUCCUUCAAAGAAGCCUUGAAGCAAAAAGUUGAUUUUAUUGAUGCGUAUAAAAGUCUGGGACAGGCCUAUAGAGAACUGGGCAAUUUCGAAGCUGCCACCGAGAGCUUUCAGAAGGCACUGUUGCUCAACCAAAAUCAUGUGCAGACCCUGCAGCUUCGGGGAACGAUGCUUUAUCACCAUGGCAGCCUGCAGGAAGCCCUGAAAAACUUCAAGCGGUGUCUGCAGCUCGAGCCCUAUAAUGAGGUGUGCCAGUACAUGAAAGGACUCAGCCAUGUUGCCAUGGGACAGUUCUAUGAAGGAAUAAAAGCACAGACUAAAGUCAUGCUAAAUGAUCCUCUCCCGGGCCAGAAGGCUAGCCCAGAGUAUCUGAAAGUGAAAUAUCUCCGAGAGUAUUCUCGAUAUCUUCACGCACACCUUGAUACUCCUCUUACGGAAUAUAACAUUGAUGUGGAUCUGCCUGGAAGCUUUAAAGACCACUGGGCUAAAAAUCUACCUUUCCUCAUAGAAGACUAUGAAGAGCAGCCAGGGUUGCAACCCCACAUAAAAGACGUGUUACAUCAGAACUUUGAGAGUUAUAAGCCCGAGGUACAAGAGCUCAUCUGUGUAGCUGAUCGUUUGGGAUCACUGAUGCAAUAUGAGACACCUGGUUUCCUGCCAAACAAGAGAAUACACAGAGCCAUGGGUUUGGCGGCGUUGGAGGUCAUGCAAGCUGUCCAGCGUACGUGGACCAACUCGAAAGUUCGAAUGAAUGGGAAAACACGGCUAAUGCAAUGGAGAGACAUGUUUGACAUCGCAGUAAAGUGGAGACGGAUUGCCGACCCAGACCAGCCAGUGUUGUGGUUAGAUCAAAUGCCAGCACGAAGUCUUAGCAGAGGUUUUAAUAACCACAUCAAUUUGAUCAGGGGUCAGGUGAUUAACAUGAGAUACCUGGAGUAUUUUGAGAAGAUUCUUCAUUUUAUUAAAGAUAGAAUUCUUGUUUAUCACGGAGCUAAUAAUCCUAAAGGAUUAUUGGAAGUUAGAGAAGCUCUGGAAAAGGUACACAAAGUAGAAGAUCUUCUUCCGAUUAUGAAGCAGUUUAAUACUAAAACGAAGGAUGGGUUCACGGUGAACACAAAAGUUCCCAGCCUCAAAGAUCAAGGGAAGGAAUAUGAUGGAUUCACAAUCACAAUUACAGGAGACAAGGUUGGCAACAUACUCUUUUCUGUGGAAACGCAAACCACAGAAGAAAGAACACAAUUCUAUCACGCUGAGAUAGAUGCGCUUUAUAAAGACCUCACAGCAAAAGGAAAAGUACUGAUUCUUUCAUCAGAAUUUGGGGAGGCUGAUGCUGUUUGCAACUUAAUCUUAUCCUUAGUUUAUUACUUUUAUAAUUUAAUGCCACUCUCUCGAGGAUCCAGUGUGAUAGCUUACUCUGUGAUCGUGGGAGCUUUGAUGGCAAGUGGAAAAGAAGUGGCAGGAAAAAUCCCCAAAGGGAAGUUAGUUGACUUUGAAGCUAUGACAGCUCCUGGUUCAGAGGCCUUUAGCAAAAUAGCCAAAAGCUGGAUGAACCUAAAAAGUAUUUCACCUUCUUAUAAGACUCUCCCAUCCGUGUCGGAGACGUUCCCUACAUUAAGAUCAAUGAUCGAGGUGCUAAACACGGACUCCUCUCCACGUUGUCUUAAGAAACUCUAGUUACGCUGUGGUAUUUAUACAAGUAAAGGGCCGGACCUCUUGCUUCUUAAGUUAUUUUUUAAAACAUGGAAUUAUAAAGAAACUAGGUCCUUUAUUACUUUUGAUACCAAUUUUUGAUAGGAAUUGAAUACUUGAAAUCAUUUUCUUUACUUUUUGAACCAUAACAAAAAUCAUGAAAGAGGGUUUUUUUGGGGCGGGGGGAAAGCUCUAUGUUGGGGCAGGAAAAUGUAUGUAGAGGCCAGCGGCGUUGUUGGUUUCCACUUACAAAGUCCUAAAACUCCUUCCUCGCAGCAAAAAAGUUGACUUCAAAAACCAAAAAUUAAUCAUUAAAAGGAACAAAACCAACAACAAAACAGAAGCGUUUUCAUUCCUUGAAAGAUUUGUAUAUUUUUCAAAGGCCUUUUUAUGCACAUUGUGAUAGGGCAUCGUGUUUCUCACAUAAUCUUCACGAGUGGGUUCUCCGUUGUAUUUGAACGAUGGAAGAUUCCUGGGCCGUCACCAUGCGCCGCAGAGCUCACUGCCGGGAACAUUUGUUUUGAAUGAUGCAGACAGUAUUUGCCAGUGACCCAAACACUGAAUUACUGAACCAUGUUUUUUUUUUCUCUGUGUUGGAAAAAAUAAACGAGGGGUGAUUUCUAUAAAUCACCAGUUUUUGGCACUGGAUUAUGUAUGAUUUUAUUUUGUGAACUAGUUUCACUUUCAGGUGUAAGAACAUCUGGAACAUGACUGAUUUUUUUUUUCCUCCCCAAGACAGGGUAAAUGACAGUGAAUAAAACGGGUUCAUUAAAUUAUUGCCAUUUCCAAAUCAUUUUCAU